AUGUGCGUGGGGAAGUGCAGCCGGAUCGUGGGUCCCUGCCUGCUGGUGCUGGGCACGCUCUCCACGGCAGCCAGCAUCCUCCUGCUCUUCCCCGGCGGAGCAGCCACGUACCUGCUGGAGGGGCACAUCAGCGGCCACGCCCGGGCCGUGCCGGGACUCUGGGGCGGCGGCAUCGCCGUGCUGCUGGCAGCGACCCACGUCACGGCGCUGGGCUGGCAGCGCUCCGGCCGCCACAGCGCGUUCCUGUCCGUGGUGCUCUCCAAGCUGGCGCUCCUGGGCGCUGCCGCCUGCUUCGUCCUCUGCGGGGUGGGGCUGACCAACGGGCCCCUCUGCCUCUACAACUCCUCCGAGCCCGGCCUGGGGCACGCAGCCCGCUGGGGCUACCCCUUCCUGGAUACCCCAAAUAAGAAGUUGGCUGAGAAUUACCUGUACAACCGGAGAGCCUGGAGCAUCUGCCUGGAGCCCGAGGGCAUCGUCACCUGGCACGUCGUGCUGUUCUCCCUGCUGCUGCUCAUCAGCGCGGCCGAGAUGGUGCUGGCCUUGCUCCAGAUCCUCAACGGCUGCCUCGGCUGCCUCUGUGGCUUCUGUGACGCCAAGUAGGGCCCGGUGGCAGUGCCAGGAGGAGGUGUCGCCUCGGGUGUCACUUGGCACGCGCCGCAGAGAGGGCACAGCAGGGGCUGUGACACCAGCCCAGUGCAAGAGCCCCGUGUGAGACUGAAGAGCCCCCGUGGGGGAUGACACCCUGGGUGUUGGGGCAGCUCGUGGGGCUGAUGUGCCAAGGGCUGCUCCUGUGCAGAUGCCCUGGCCCAGGCCAUGUCCCUUCCCUUGGGGCUGGUGGCCAUUUGGGGUUGGGAGCUGGCCCGGUGAGGGAUGGAGGUGAGGACCUGGCUUCCAGCAUCCCAGUAUGAACCCAGCAGCUGCCUCAGCCACUCCUGUGCUACUGAAAGGAGGCAGAGAACCAGUUUAAUCAAUUUUCUGACACAGUUUGGAGCAUUAGGAAGCAGGCAUCCCUUACCACAAGCUGGAAUCAUGCAGGAUAGAUACCUCCUCUAACCCAGUGUGUGUUGUGAAGCUUCAUGACAGGAGGUUUGUUCCAUCAUGAUCAGACAGAUCUAUUACAAGAGGGCUUCCUAGAGAACACAUAAAUAUCACUUUUCCUAGAACCAGUUUACAUGCCUCCAUCCUUUCCUGGAAGUCCUCUUUUGAUCCUAGAGGGUUGUCUGGUGGUUGUGCUCACUGAGUGCCCCAACACUGUGACCUUGCCUUGAACGUCUCUCAGGGCAGGAGCUGCUGUUCCUUGUUCCAUAACUUUGCCACAGAAGUCACUGUGUUCCUCAUUACCUGCUUCUCCACUGGCUCCAGCUGUGUUUAGCACCCCGUGUGCCUACUUUUACACUCUUUUAUCUCACUUGCUAGUUAGUCUUUAAGUCCUAUUUUGCAACUUCAAGGGAACUGAAAAUUUCUGUUUUACAUGUUGUCUGUCACUUGUCAGCCUCCACCCACCCCGGUGGAAAAUGAGACGUGGUGGUGUCACAGACUGAAGAGAUGGACACUCCUGUUAAUCAGUUUUGUUAAUCAGUUCAUAUUUAGGGCACUGGAGCUGGUGUUUGUCACCAGCACAGGCCAGGACAGGUGAAGGAGCCCUGAGGAGCCGAGCUGGGGUCCUUGGAUGGAGUCGUGCUGGGGGAGGCAGAGCUGGAAUUGAGGUGUAACCCCAAAAUUCACCCACACACAAGUGUCAGGAGAAGCUGCUGCUCAUUCCCAAGAGCAGGACCCCACUCCUGUGCUCAACCCCCUCCCCAUAACCUUUGCAGGACCCAGCCUGGGCCUGGGCCUGCCCGAGCUGGGAGGGGCUUGUCCCCAGACUGACAAGGGUCAGAGGAGAGCAGUGAUGGCCAUGGCAGAUUAAAAAACCAAAUCCCAGACCAGACAAAACAGCAACUGGGCCAUUGGGGUGGCUGAACCCCAGCUGGCACACAAGCACCACCCAGCCACUCACCCCCAUGCCGUGGGAGGGGGAGAGAAUCAGAGGGGUAAAAGUGAGACAUCUCCUGGGUUGACAUAAAAAUACUUUAAUAAUUGAAAUAAUAAAAAUAAAUUGUAAUGAAAAGGAAAA